AUGAUUGUUACUGAGAUCGGCGCUGGCGAGAGUGGUUUUCAACUGAGCGAGAGGAAGGCCGGAGCGCUGCAGGCAGCCCCGCCCGCUGCGUCCCGGCUCGCUCGCUCGCUCGCUGGCUGGCUCGGCGGCCGGGCGGUGUGCGAGCGUCCCCCGGUGCGGAGCCGUGGUGCGGCGAGGCGGAGGGGCCGGCGGGAGCGUCCAGGCGGGAGCGGAGCGGUGUCGGGAGCAGGCUUGGCGGUGUGUGCGGCGGAGCUGCGGGCAAUGGCGGGGAGGCGCUGGGGCCGGCGGGAGCGAGCCCUGCUGUGGGGCGUGCUGGUGGCGGCGUGGGAGGCGGCGUGGGGGCAGCUGCGCUACUCGGUUGCCGAGGAGAUGCCCAAGGGCUCGUUCGUGGGCGACGUGGCCAAGGACCUGGCGCUGGACCUGCCGGCGCUCCGCGACCGCGGCCUGCGCAUCAUAGACAGAGGUAGGACGCAGUAUUUCGCUCUGCACGGGAAUUCGGGACAUUUGGUGACGGCGGAGAGGAUAGACCGGGAGCAGCUGUGCGAGAGUGCGCAGCAAUGCGUGCUGCGGUGUGAGCUGAUAGCGGAGGGGGAAAUGAAGGUUUAUGAAAUCGAAGUGGAGGUCACAGACAUUAACGACAACGCGCCCAGCUUCCGGGAGGCAGAAACGGAACUGAGAAUAAGCGAGAUAACAGCCCCGGGGUCCCGGUUUCCCCUCCGGGAUGCGCAAGACCGAGACGUGGGACGUAAUUCUCUGCAGAGCUACGAGCUGAGCGGCGACGAGCACUUCUCGCUGGCCGUGCAGGCGGGCCCCGGCGGGGAUCAGCGUCCCGAGCUGGUGCUGGCGAAGGCGCUGGACCGGGAGGAGGCGGCGUUUCACGAGCUGGUGCUGAGGGCGAGCGACGGCGGCGAGCCGGCGCGGACGGGCACGGCGCGGAUCCGCGUGGCGGUGCUGGACGCGAACGACAACGCGCCCGUGUUCAGCGCGGCGGAGUACACGGUGCGCGUGGCGGAGGACGUGUCCGUGGGCUCCACCCUCCUCACCCUCACGGCCACCGACGCCGACGACGGCACGAACGGCCACGUCACAUACAGUUUCCAUAAAAUUUCAGACCGUGCAUCCGAAAUUUUUUACCUUAACUCAGACACAGGAGACAUUUCCCUUAAGGACUACUUAGACUUUGAGGAAAUCUCUUCACAUGAACUCGAGGUGCAGGCAAGAGAUGGAGGAGAGCUUUUCGACACGGCGAAAGUCUCCAUCACCGUGUCAGAUGUAAACGACAACGCUCCCGAACUCACAGUGUCGUCGGCGCUGAGCGAGAUCUCGGAGGACGCCCCGUCGGGGACCGUGGUGGCCCUGCUGCACGUGCAGGACCGGGACUCGGGCGCCAACGGCGAGGUGCGCUGCUCGCUGGCCGCCGGCGUCCCGUUCCGGCUGCGGAGCUCACGGGGCAGCUACUACAGCGUGGAAACGACGCGGGAGCUGGACCGCGAGGAGGUGCCGCAGUACAACGUGACGGUGCGGGCGGCGGACGGCGGGUCGCCGUCGCUGCGGAGCAGCGCGGUGCUGGCGCUGCGGGUGCUGGACGUGAACGACAACGCGCCGGUGUUCGCGGAGGCGCGGUACAGCGCGCGGCUGGCCGAGAACAACGCGGCGGGCGCGCUGGUGCUGCGGGUGCGGGCGGCGGACGCGGACUGGGGGCAGAACGCGCGCGUGCGCUACCGGCUGCGGGAGGGGCGUGUGCGGGGCUCGCCGCUGUCGUCGUACGUGUCGGUGCAGGCGGAGACGGGCGCGCUGUACGCGCUGCGCUCCUUCGACUACGAGGAGGUGCGCGAGGUGGGGCUGUGGGUGGUGGCGGAGGACGGCGGCGCGCCGGCGCUGAGCAGCAACGUGUCGGUGCGGCUGGAGAUCGUGGACGAGAACGACAACGCGCCGCAGGUGCUGUACCCGCGGCGGCGGGGGGGGGGGGCGUGGGGGUGGGGGUGGGCGGGCGUGGAGCUGGCGCCGCGGUCGGCGGAGCCCGGGGCGCUGGUGGCCAAGGUGGUGGCGGUGGACGCGGACGCGGGGCAGAACGCGUGGCUGUCGUACGAGCUGGCCAAGGCGACGGAGCCGGGGCUGUUCCGCGUGGGGCUGCACAGCGGCGAGGUGCGCACGGCGCGCUUCCCGCUGGCCCGCGACGCGGCGCGGCAGAGCCUGGUGGUGGUGGUGAAGGACCACGGGCGGCCGGCGCUGUCGGCCACGGCCACGCUGACGGUGGUGCUGGCCGAGAGCGUGGCCGAGCUGCUGUCGGAGCUGGGCAGCGCGGCAGCGGCGGCGCCGGGCGAGCCGGCCGGCAGGCUGACGCGGUGGCUGGUGGUGGCCGUGGCGGCCGUGUCGUGCCUCUUCGUCGCCUUCCUGCUGCUGCUGCUGGCGCUGCGCCUGCGGCGCUGGCGGCGCUCGCAGCUGCUGGCGGCGGGCAGCGGCACCUUGCGCGGCGUGCCGGCCUCGCACUUCGUGGGCAUCGACGGCGUCCGCGCCUUCCUGCACUCCUACUCGCACGAGGUGUCGCUCACCGCCGACUCGCGCAAGAGCCAGCUCGGCUUGUCGGGCGGCAGCUGCUGCGACACCCUCCCGGCCCGCCCGCCGCCCGCCGAGCCCGCGCCGCUGCUCGGGGAGGACCCUGCCGGCGCCGACCCCGCCGCUGCUGCUGCCCCCCCGCUGAAUUAUGAACCUGUGACAUAG